GGAUAAUCGUGCUUGGAACGUACAAUAGUUAUCGUAGCUGCAAGUCAAGGCAAGUUAACGUGAUAUGCACAUUUUGAUACAAAAUGGCGGGUCAGCGCUGGGUCCUACCAAGAACGUUAGCCGACCGUAUAGCUCUGAGCGUGUUUACUCUAGGCGGAAUAUUUCUACUGUGGUAUGAGAUCUUCCACGUCCUGCCUACGUACUACACAGACUGGGUCAACACAACGUAUACUCAUCUCUUCUUCGCCGUCUUUUUUGCCGUCAACAUCUACGGCAACAUGUUCAUGCUCGCCACCACUGACACGACCGGAAGUGACGUGGUUUUCCCAUCGGGUCCCGCGCCCAGUGGCUGGAGGUACUGCGACAGGUGCGACAGAAACGUCCCGCCGCGAUCUCACCACUGCAAAAUCUGCGACGUCUGCAUCCUGAAGCGAGAUCACCAUUGUUGGUUUGCCGGCUACUGCAUCGGCCACCACAACCAGCGCUACUACAUCGUCAUGGUGGUGUACAUGGUCAUGGCUGGACUGUACUGCAACGUCUUCAACGCUCAGUUCGUCACCAACGUCAAAUUCCAAGAUGGCGUUCGUGUCUUUUCCGUCCUCUCGUUCAUAGCGCCGCACGCGACCUUCAUAUUCCGCUACGAAGACCUCUACACGAGUUUCGUCACUUCCUUGACGACCAUCGGCUUCCUCCUCACGUGCAUAUUCCUCUGGCUGCUGUACGCCCAGUUGUCUCAGCUCGUGCACGGGCAGACGCAGUUCGAAAAGAAGAAAGGAAUGUUGACGUACGACAUGGGACUGUACAAUAACGUUGUGGACGUGUUUGGGAAGAAUUGGUAUUUCGUCUGGCUGUUUCCAUUCGUGCCUUCACGAUUACCAGGCGAUGGAGUAACGUUUAGAUCACGCGAGACUAAGGCCAUGUGAUAAUUUCUGUACCCCACCCGCGAAACAUUUACAUCUCCGAUGUCGUAUUCCGACCAUGUUAAAGGUUGUGAAAGUUGAGACAGCCCGUGAUCGUAACCACUCGACCAACAAGGCCACAAAUGCUUAUCUCAAAUUAAUUUAGUUAUGAAUAUUAUUAUUAUUUUUUUUUAUUAUUAUUAUUAUUAUUAUUUUUUCUUAAACUGUAACGUAAAUUCUCGUUAUUUCGCGCUAAAAUAUAACUCUUUUUUUUUUGCCUUGCCUUGCCUUGCCUUGCCUUGCCUUGGCAGCUCAGUGUGGAUAGUAAAAACUGUCUCCUUAAUCCCCCAGUAAGAUCAAAACCUCCACAACCGUCGUCCGGCUGAAAGAUGACCUUUGACAUUCAAAUACUGCCUACAACCUCAGCUAUGCGCACGGAAUCGUGAAAUUUGUAAUUUGCGGUAAUGGCAGACCAUUCUUUUAAACUGAUAUUAUGUGACUUACAAAAAUGGAACGUUGAUAAAUUUGACUCAUCUAAAGGUGUUAGCUGCACAAUGUUCAAGCAUGGAUUUAAAUUGAAAUAUUAUCGGUGAGAUUGUCAACAAAAGAUUCCAGAAUAUCAUGCAAAUUUAGAACUGAAAAUAUCAAACUUCCUAUAGAAACUGGUAGAUGGUUUAAUAUUGAGAAAGAAAAUGUAAUAAUAUAUGUCACUCGUGCAAUACUAUUGUUGAUGAUGAGUGCCAUUACAUUUUUAAUUGUCUAUUUUAUCUACUGAGAGAAAUGAGUGUGUGUAUAUAUAUAUAUAUAUAUAUAUAUAUAUAUAUAUAUAUGUAUAUAUAUACAGUAAACUCUCUAUAUGUCAAACUCCGUUUUCUCAAACGUCACGCUAUCUCAAAGCAAGAAGUGGGUCCGAACCGUUUCUCUAUAUAAACAUGUAAGAGUUUGUAUGUUUAUCUCAAACUUUGACAUAAAUAUACACAUACGUCAAAUGACUUAUGUGGUCCCAUAUGACAUAUUUACUAUAUAUUUGGUAUAUUUUUGUCGAAGUUGAAAACAUAUUUUCCAUAAAUUAAAAUAAUAAUUAUUUAAUAAAAUUAUUUCGAUAAAUGCUGGGGCCUCCUUUUAAUUUAUUAUGUUUGUGUUCGAUCAUUAGAGGCCAGUGGAUUAACUUGUUGUUAUUGCCAAGUAUGCCUAAUUAGUAUUUAUUUAAUCCGGUCGCUUGAAAGUGAUGGCCUAUGAAACCGCGGCAGUUAUCAAAAGCGGGUAACAAUGAAAGUGGGAUUGGGUAUGUAAACGGUAUUGGAUUAGGUGUUCUUACUAUGAGUGGUUUUAACUUGUUAUUUUAAGUCCAAAUUUUAAAAUAAAAAUAUAAGAGUGUACAAUAUGCAAUAUGUCGGAGAAUGAACGCUGCGAGCAAUCCAGUGAAGGAGAAUUUUACGUUUAUGAGAACUUAGAUGUUUAGUUAUCUCAAAUGUAACGAUAUCUCAAACUAACCGGCUGGCACCAGCAAAUUUGACAUAUAGAGAGUUUACUAUAUAUAUAUAUAUAUAUAUAUAUAUAUAUAUAUAUAUAUAUAUAUAUAUAUAUAUGCAUAUGUAUGUAUAUGUUUGUAUGUAUAUGUAUAUGUAUAUGUAUAUGUGUAUGUAUGUAUAUAUAUAUACACACACACACAGUGAAACCCCUCUAAACCGGACAUCCAUGGGACCAAGUAAAAUGUCCGGUUUUCAGAGGUGUUCGGUUUUCAGGGGUCUGCAUUUACGUAACUACCUUCCCUUCCCCAUUAAAUAGUUCAGCGUAUCGUUUAUUUCUGCUAAUGAUCUUUGCAAACUCUGCUUUAUAAACCUCUCGCUUCUUGAUAAUGUCUCCAAAUGCUGAAUUUCCGAUACUAAACUUUUCACCCAAAAUCUUAACGUUGGUUUAGGUUUACUUUCGAAACUUUUAAUUAUUUGAAGUUUAUAAUGGUGUGAUAGUUCAACACGGCGACAUUUAGCUGGUCGUUUUGUCAUGUUGAAACUCAAUAUGAAAAUAAAAUGUUACUAACAUCUGUUCGACCAUGCAAAGCCAA